GGAACUUGAUCUUUGAAGCAUCAUGACCAUAGAUUUAGGCUAAGAUUUAUAACAAGACCUCAAGAAAUUAGUCAAUUAUAAUCAAUUUCCUACCAAACUCCUAUUUUAAUAGAUGAUUUGUUAGUAUGGAUUAUCUUGAUCUUCCAAGUCUCCAGGAUUUUUUCUAAACAUAAAAUAUAAAUGACAUAAAACUUUGGGCCUAUGUAUUGUGCCCACAGCCUCUCCACCUUUUGCCCAUUUCCUGAUCUUAAGAUUAACAUUUGGUACUUAUUCUCUCAUGCUAUUCAGGUUUAUUAGUUGAAAAUAACUCGUAUUUUUGUUGGGUUGUUGCAAUUUACAGCUGUUGGAUGAGAUGAUAGACAAUGGCUUCCCUCUCACAACAGAACCUAAUAUCCUAAGAGAGAUGAUUGCUCCUCCAAAUAUUGUUAGUAAAAUGUUGAGUGUUGUGACCGGUAACAGUUCCAACAUGAGCAAUAACCUUCCCGGUGCGACAGCAUCUUGUGUCCCAUGGAGAACAACAGACCUGAAGCAUGCAAAAAAUGAAGUUUAUGUUGAUUUGGUUGAAGAAAUGGAUGCAAUUAUAAACAGGGAUGGGGUCAUGGUGAAAUGUGAGAUAUAUGGUGAGGUUCAAGUGAACUCCCAUCUUUCAGGUCUUCCUGAUUUGACUCUUUCAUUUGCAAAUCCUUCCAUCCUGAAUGAUGUGAGAUUUCAUCCCUGUGUUCGGUUUCGUCCGUGGGAAUCAAACCAAAUUUUGUCUUUUGUUCCUCCAGAUGGACAGUUUAAGCUCAUGAGUUACAGGGUUAACAAGUUGAAGGGUAUUCCGAUAUACGUAAAGCCACAGCUAACUUCGGAUUCUGGGACGUGCCGUAUUAAUGUGUUAGUUGGAAUACGAAAUGAUCCUGGAAAGACAGUUGAUUCGGUCUCUGUUCAAUUCCAACUUCCUCCAUGCAUUUUAUCAGCUGAUCUAUCUUCAAACCAUGGAACGGUGAACAUUCUUGCUAAUAAGACCUGCUGUUGGUCUAUCGGACGGAUCCCCAAGGACAAAGCCCCCUCAUUGUCAGGAACAUUAGUGUUAGAGAUAGGUUUAGAGCGUCUUCUUGUAUCUCCCACUUUUCAGGUGGGGUUCAGGAUCAUGGGUGUUGCUCUCUCUGGCCUGCAAAUAGAUAAAUUGGAUCUGAAGAAUCAACCAACUCGUCCUUACAAAGGUUUCCGAGCUCUCACUAGAGCUGGAGAAUAUGAAGUUAGGUCUUAG